UUCUCUAUUAAUCUACACUUCAAUUAUGUUUUUUAAUCUCAGUAUUUUCUUUCUUGGCAUUUGAUUUUAUGCAACUAAAUUAGGUUUUGCUGAUAACAUUGUGAUGUGGGUUUUGUUUAAGGUUUUUGGUUUUCUACAUUUUUUCUUUCUGGCAAUAUUCUCUGUUUGGUCAUCCGGGUUUUUCUCAAUUUUGAGCAAUUUGUGCUAAUAUUGGAUUUUUUUGUUUAUUUCCCUAUUUUUCUUUUUUUUUUCAAAAAAAGGAAAAAAAAGAAAAAAAGAAAAAAAAGAUUAAUCUUGUUUAGUUUGAUUGAUUGAAUUUACAAUCAAGGGGAAGACUAAUUGGUAUUUUAUUGAUUGAAUUGGGAUUUUUUCUGUAGAAAUUUAAAGGCUUCUGUUGGCUGAGGGCUCUUAUCAUUUUUAUUGUUAGAGAAUUCUGGGUUUGUGCAGUAAUUAGGUUUCAGAAAUUUGGAUUCUUAGGGUUUUUUUUUCAUGAUUAGGGCUUUGUUGCAUAUAAAAUAUUCCUUUUUGAAAAUUUGAAGGAGAAUUAAGAAUUUUGAAGGUUAAGGUUUGGCAAGAAGUAGAAUUAGGAAUGUUUGUAUGAAUUACAUGGCUACAUUUUGUGGGGAAGAAGUAAUCUAAUGAAAAGAUGGCUUCAUCCCCAAAUCCUCAACCUAAUGGUCCUCCAAGUCCUGUAAUUCCUAUCCUAACAUCAAUUCUACCGCCUAUCGAAUCACCUCCUGAUGCGAGCUCAUUUGUUCCCCCUCCUUCCAAUGAUUCUCCACCACGUCCCGAACAAAUUCCUCCGCCUCCACCCUCACCACCACUUUCACCACACGGUCCACAUUCGUCUCCUCCACCAUCACAUCCUGGCGCUUCUCCACCACCGGCCUCUCCUCCACCUCUUGAAGCAUCAAUGAUUACAAAAUCACCCCCGGUUGCUUUCCAAUCUCCGCCUUCUCCAAGCCUUCCAUCUCCCCCGGAUCCUCUUGGUUCCAUUCCGGUCUCUCCUCCACCUACUACUUUUGCUUCUCCUCCGCCUGUGGACCCUUUGUCGCCUCCAACACCACCAACAUCCUUUCCAUCUCCUCCGAUACCACCUUCAUCCUCUCCUUCUCCUCCAAGUCCUCCAUCUGACUCUACUCCCACUGGCUCAGCACCAAGGCCUCCUUCAAAAUCUGGAAGUUCUGGCUCACGUGUAAGAGUCAAUCCUGUUGCUCAUUCGUCAAAAGAUAGUAAGACAGGAAUAGCCAUCGGUGUUGUGGUGGGUGUUUUCAUAAUUGCCUUUUUAGCACUCAUAUGCUUGCAAAGGCGAAGGAAGAGACACACCCGAUAUAAUUCAAUGUAUAUGAUGCCUUCUCCAUAUACCUUUUCUCCUACUUCGGGCACCUCUUUUAUAAACCAAAAGGGCGAUGGCGGAGAAUUUCUGAAUUUAUCAUCAGAUAAUCCUGGAAUAGGCAAUUCUAAAACUUGGUUUUCAUAUGAAGAGUUGAGUGCAGCUUCAGAUGGAUUUGCUGCAGAAAAAGUUUUGGGGGCUGGUGGGUUCGGUUGCGUGUACAAAGGGUGUUUGCAAGAUGGAAGAGAAGUAGCUAUAAAGAAGUUGAAAGAUAAUAGUGGACAAGGAGAUCGUGAAUUUAAAGCGGAGGUCGAGAUUAUCAGCCGUGUGCACCAUCGUUAUUUGGUUUCCCUUGUGGGUCAUUGUAUUACUGAUUCUCAGAGAUUGCUUGUUUAUGAAUUUGUUCCUAAUGGCACACUUCAUGACCACCUCCACAAUACUAAGAAAGCACCCAUGCAAUGGAAUUUCAGAGUCAAAGUUGCCUGUGGUUCUGCUCGAGGAAUUACUUACCUGCAUGAAGACUGUCAUCCACGGAUCAUUCACAGGGAUAUUAAAUCCGCUAACAUUCUUAUAGAUAACAACUUUGAAGCUAAGGUAGCCGAUUUUGGGCUAGCAAAAAUAGCACAAGAGCUGGAAUCAAAUACACAUGUAUCAACGCGUGUCAUGGGAACAUUUGGCUACAUGGCACCUGAAUAUGCAUCAAGUGGUAAGUUGACGGAAAAAUCUGAUGUCUUCUCUUUCGGGGUGGUGCUUCUGGAGAUUAUAACAGGACGUAAGCCUGUUGAUGAAACCCGGCCACUAGGAGAUGAAAGCUUAGUUGAAUGGGCUCGACCUUUGAUGACCGAGGCAUUAGAGAACCAAAACUUUGAUGAACUUGCCGACCCAAAAUUGCAAGGUAACUAUGACAGAGGUGAGAUGUUCCGGAUGGUUGAAGCAGCGGCUACCUGUGUACGGCAUUCGGCUAUUAAAAGGCCAAGAAUGAGCCAGGUGGUAAGAGCAUUGAAUUCAAUGAACGAGCUAUCAGAUAUAUCAAAUGGCAUGAAACCAGGCCAAAGUGGGAUCUACGAUUCAGGAGAACAAUCCGCACAAAUUAAAAUGUUCCGAAGGAUGGCAUUUGGAAGCCAAGAGUUUAGUUCAGAAUAUCAAAAUAGCCCACAAUGUAGCUGGUCGAUUGGAGGGAGAAGUGGACUAGCCGGAGAUAGGAGUGAACAAGUCUAAGUCAUGAAUGUGGGAUCGUUUCAGUUUUAUGGUUGAUCGACACUCAUGAAGAGACAUAGUCGAUGCAUGCCAACAGCUAAAAGGGAAAGAUGAAUCCGUCUGCUUGAACUCGACGUCUCGACGAUGUAUGGAGAGUUAAAGAAUGCUUAAAAAUUGCAAGACUCCGAUGACUUUGUUCCGCCUGAGGAGAGCUCAAUACAGAUGUUUAUAUCAGUGUAAAGAUCACUUUUAUUUUUUCUUCUAAGAUCUAGCCGUUUUUAAUGGCUAUAACAUGAUUUGAUGUUGUUUAAGGGUGUGCUAGCAAUCUUAAAUUAUAAUACCCUUAUUCUCCUUUCUCAUUGAGUAUUCUUUGGCUACUAAUCAAUUCAGUAUUCUGUACAAGUUAGUGUCCGGGGAAGGAAGCUUACGGACAAAUCAUAUUCGUGCCCCCUCCAAGGAGAGGGCUGCGGACUCAUAUGGAGCAAUAUGUAUUCUUUAAUAUGUUAGUUUACACAAUGAUAUGUAAAAAAGUGAAAAUGCAAUUUUUUAAAGUCUUGUACUACUAAAUCCUCUUUUAGAUGAAUCAUGUUGUUUGCUCAUCUCCAAUACGACUCGACUCUGAUACAAUUUCAUCUAAGGUUCCAUAACGAGACAAACAAGUUCAUGAUUUGGUGUUUCUUUUAGCGAUCAAAGUUGAACAUUUGCGAUA